AUGCGUGUUGCAUCUCUGGUUUGUGGUGAUGAAUUCACAGAACGCGAAUUUCGAUACCUCGACCAACGAUUCGGAGUACCACGCCUCCCUCCUGAGCUUUGUAGAGCUCACGGUCCCAGACCAUAUGCAAAAGACGAACAGGUCCACGACUAUCUCGCCAGCCAAUUUGGAACGAAGUUCGCAGUUCCUCCCGUGACGACCAAAGCAGAAAGGGAUUUAUGCAGAUCCGCUCUGGACGAAUGGCAAAGGUCAAGUGGACGUCAAAACACAUUGCCCUCGGCUGAGGGCUAUAUGCAAACCACCAGAACAGUCAACGAAAAGGCUGAUCGGCAGAUCAUUCAUUAUAAGCACAUCGACCGUGUCAGAAGAUUCUUCGAGAAUGACGAGAAGAAACGAACGAACGACACGCUGACCAAUCUACCGCCUUCGUCCGCGAUGCGGCGAAUGGCUGCUGGUCACUGGGCCAGGUCAUCUAUCGAGGUGCCUUUCACCAGCUCAGGCGAUCCUGUUGUGCGCAACCUUGGGCCACCUAGACCGCCUGAACAGCCUGUCAAGCUCAUGAAUAUCGCCGCUUCUACACAAGCAACACGGCCUGCUGCUUCCUGUGCGCUCACACUUUUUAUUGGAAAGGAAAGGCACUCAAGUGAUGUGCACUGA